ACGGUUGGAGGGCGCUGGGAAACGAACAGCGAGGCCUUCCCGCGUCGGCGGCUUUGGUCGCGUUAGCGGCGGCCACGUUGUAUGGUCCACCAUGUCGCUGCCAAGGUAUCGCGGCGACGACACAACGGCUUACGAGCGGCUCUCGCAAGAGGAAGACAAGCCAGUGACUCCUGCGCCCAAUACUGCUUUAGCCACGAGGCCAAUUCUUUUGUGCUGCAUUUUGCUGGUGAUCGUGGCCGUGGUGAGCGCAACCAGUGUGCUGGUGACACUCUACGCCAAGGACAGUCUACGCAUCAAGUGCCUUCCCGGCUCCGUCCACGUCGAGGUCACUCCUUCGGCGUCAGCCCUUGGUAAUUUCAGCACAUGGGCCGUGUCUACCGACGCCGCACCAUGCACGUCGGUCGCCAGGCGUAUCUUCCGCAAAGGCGGAAAGACCGUGGACGCCGCCAUUGCCACCUUGCUGUGCAUGGGUGUCGUCAUUCCUCACUCUAUGGGCAUCGGAGGAGGCUUUAUAGCUACCGUCUACUCACGGCCCAAGAGAGAAGCACAAGUCCUCGUCGCCCGGGAAGUGGCUCCUGCAGGUGCCACGAGCGACAUGUUCGUGAACAACAAGAAAGGAAGCCUAUUUGGGGGCCUCGCUGUGGCCGUGCCCGGAGAACUUCGGGGAUACCAGGCGCUGCACCGGCACCUUAAUGGCUCUCUGCCAUGGAAGGAGCUGUUCAGGGACGCCAUUCGGCUGGCGAGGCACGGCUUCCCCAUGGGCGCACAUCUGGCCAACGCGCUGCGGGAGCAUCGAAACGUCGACCCUGCCUUGGAAGAAAACGUCAAGAAAGCCUUCUCGGAUCCCGAGACGGGAGAGUUGCUGGCCGAAGGCGAGCUUGUGACACUCAAGGACCUGGCUACCACGCUGGAGCAGAUAGCCGAGAACGGACCCGACUACUUUUACGAGGGAGAGUUAGCCGAUAAUCUCGUCAAAGAAGUCCAAGAUAAUGGUGGCAUGCUCACGAAGGAGGACUUGAGGCGCUACCAGGUGACUUGGGAGAAACCCGUGACUGCCCGUUUCAAGGGCGGCAUGACCAUGUUCUCGGCGCCACCACCAGCGAGCGGUGCUGUGCUCGCCUAUAUCUUGGGCAUAAUGGACGCGUUCCGGUCGUCGCCGGGAUCUUUUCUGGAGGACAACGUGACCACCCUGCACAGGUUUGCUGAAGCAUGCAAGUUUGCUUAUGCCAGGAGGGCCCUCCUAGGAGACCCUAAGUUUGUUGAAUGCGAGCAGUUGGUCCGCAACAUGAGUUCGCGCCAGUUUGCUUCCGAAGCGAGAUACAAGAUUGACGACGAGCGCACAUUUUCGGACCCACACUACUACGGUUUCGUGGACGAGGUCACAAAGCCUGACAAGGGCACGGCGCACGCCACUUUCUGGGGAGCUGAUGGUGACGUCAUCGUCGUAUCCAGCACCGUCAACUACUAUUUCGGAAGCAUGUUGCGGACUUCGGGUGGAGUGGUGAUGAACAACCAGAUGGACGACUUCUCUACGCCCGGGAUGCGGAACUUCUACGGCGUGGCCCCUUCCGUGGCGAACUUCAUUUUCCCGGGAAAGCGGCCCAUGUCUUCAAUGGCACCUGUGGUGGUUAUCGACGAAAAAGGGGACGUCCAGCUGGCCCUGGGCGGCACGGGAGGUGCGAAGAUCACCUCAGGCGUUGCGCUGGUGAUCCUGCGGGCAUUGUGGCAGAGAAAUAGUAUCAAGGAAGCCAUCGACUAUCCAAGGCUCCACCACCAGCUGAUACCAAAUCAUCUUAUGGUUGAGUCAUUCUUCCCGAAGGCUUACGUAGAAGAGCUACGAAAGCUUGGCCACAAGGUCACCUACCCGAAAGGGAGAUUUUCCAUCAUGAUGGGUGUUAACAAACAUAACGGCCGUCUGUACGCUAACUCCGACUUCAGGAAAGGCGGCACUGUGGAUGGAUACUGAGGUGCUUUUUUAUUGCUGCAUCAUCGUCACUGGAGUGAAUGUGCGGUUUCUUCAGCUACACGGCUGAGGCUAUGGCGUUUGCUGCGACUGGAAAGUGUUGUGUCUACCUCCGUCACUUCGCCCAGGAACACUGUGGAGUGCCAAGAAAAGGCUGUGAAGCUAGGGGCAAGUGGCUUCAACUACGCGAUGUGUUUGAAAAAGAGAAAACAAAGUGGAGAGGGGUAAGGAUGGGCGCGGACGACGAUUCAAGACCGACGUAAGGCGGAAACUUGGGUCAUUUGUGGUCAUGCCAGUGUGCGUCCUCUCAUGUUCUCCUUAUUCUUCUUUUUUAACUAGAAUGUGCCCGGAGUGGAUUAGAAAAGCUUGCCUUGGCAGAUAUCCCCCGGAUGCAAGCAUACGUGAGCCGUGAAGUUUAGCUUUCUGUCGUAAUGACGUAUUCACUCACGUCCAUGACCCGGCGUGACUCGGCAUGGGUUUGUGAAAGUGUUGUGUAAAUACCGAGUUGAGCAGUCAUCGAUAUUAUUGCUGACCCGCUGCCAUUCUGCAUAGUUUCUGCGUGAGUCUGUAUUAACGUAAAAUGUUAAGACUGCUGCACUGAAGAGUGCACUGGGCUCUUAGAAUGCGCAAAGCACAGUGCUGUUGCCAGAUAAGCCGGAUAUCCGUAAGUAUACAUAGGUCAUGCUCAAUUAUUGAUUGCCCUGUCGGCAUGGUGGCCCCGGUGCGGAAAUAGCACAGGUAGGCUACUUUCAAUGUGCCCGGUAUUCAGCAGCUCAUUUUUUUGGCAGCACACGUACUACACCACGUGGAUUGUACAGUACACAACCAAUGCAAAUCAACGCGAAGGAGAAGCAUCUUCUAGCAACGUGCUGCUCAGAAUCUCGUCCACGUUAGAAAUGACCUGUGGCCUGAGAGUCCUGUGCUUACACAAGCAAUAAAGAUGUACACGACGUGACGUAUACACGGGAAGAAUUCAAUUGAUCUUAAGCAGAUCGAGCGACCUUCAAAGCAUACCUCGUACGUUAAAAACUUGUGAAGUGUAGGUGAUCAGUAGCGCUCUGUACAAGUAGCUACGACUUUAGUUUCUGUGCCACAGUCAAGUACGACAACAGUGUAAACUGAUAUUUUUCAAACCUAGUUUGUAACAAUCUUUACAGGCCCUAUAGUCGAAUACAAUUUUAGUAAAAAAGGGGAGGCCCCGCCAAGAUGACCGAAGCGCGACAGUCGAUUGCCUCCGCGACUAAAAUAGUCCCGCUCAAAAAAAAAAAAAGAAAACCUUGCUUUUGAACGCGUAAUUUUUGGUAUAAAUAAAGACUUAUAUUUUGACGACUA